UGGGUCGUCUCUUCACUCCUGUUCAACGUCCCUUGCCUGCAAAGUUGAGACUUUGAGAGAGAAUCAAUAGAGAGAAGAAACCAAGCAAACCAACGAAAAAAGAAAGAAAGGAACAAAACAGCAAGCUCCCCCAAGACAAAAACGGGGGCAAAAACAGAGCACUCUGUUUCUGUUUCUGUUUCAUUCACCUCUUCUUCUUCUUCUUAGUGGGGAGUAAUUUUCUGCAAGUGGGUCAUUUUGAUUUGGCUCAAGCUUCCUUUUUAACAUAUGGGUUUUCUCUCUUGUAAAUAAUAGCUAGUUGGGAGAAAUACAGGGGAAUUGAGAUUGAAAGUUUUGGAAAAAAAAAAUGUCUUUUAAAAGCAAAGGAGAGCUGUCCACUAAAAGUUUUGUAUCAAAGAAAUGGACGUUUCUUCUUUGCUUGGGCUGUUUCUGUGCUGGAAUGCUCUUCACCAAUAGGAUGGGGAGUGUUCCUGAAUCUAAAGGUAUCAUGCGGACAACUGCAGUAGAAGCUGAAAAACUAAAACUAAUUUCAGAGGGUUGUAAUCUAAAAGCUAAAGAAGAAAAGCAUGUAUCUAAGGACAUCAUUGGGGAGGUUUUUAAGACUCACCAUGCUAUACAAACGUUGGAUAAGACUAUUUCAAACUUAGAGAUGGAAUUAGCUGCUGCAAGGGCAGCACAAGAAUCUUUACUCAGUGGUUCUCCAUUAUCCACAGAUGCAAAUAGAGCUGAUACACCUAGGAAGAGAAGGUAUCUGAUGGUUAUAGGAAUUAAUACUGCUUUUAGCAGCAGGAAAAGAAGAGACUCAGUUCGUGCUACAUGGAUGCCACAAGGUGAAAAGAGGAAGAAAUUGGAGGAUGAAAAGGGCAUUAUUGUUCGCUUUGUUAUUGGUCAUAGUGCCACAACAGGUGGUAUUUUGGACCGAGCAAUUGAAGCAGAGGACAGGAAGCAUGGAGACUUCCUGAGACUCGACCAUGUUGAAGGGUACCUUGAAUUGUCUGCAAAGACUAAGAUAUAUUUUGCUACUGCAGUUGCUUUAUGGGAUGCAGAUUUUUAUGUCAAAGUUGAUGACGAUGUCCAUGUAAAUAUAGCAACACUUGGAGAAACUCUAGUUAGACACCGGAAGAAACCACGGAUCUAUAUUGGGUGCAUGAAAUCUGGUCCGGUCCUCUCUCAAAAGGGAGUGAGAUACCAUGAACCUGAACACUGGAAAUUUGGUGAGGCAGGAAACAAAUAUUUUCGGCAUGCUACUGGACAGUUGUAUGCCAUUUCGAAAGAUUUGGCCACAUAUAUAUCAAUAAAUCAGCACGUUCUACACAAGUAUGCUAACGAGGAUGUUUCACUGGGAUCUUGGUUUAUUGGACUUGAUGCGGAGCAUAUUGAUGAUCGGAGACUAUGUUGUGGCACGCCACCUGAUUGUGAAUGGAAGGCUCAAGCUGGCAACAUCUGUGUUGCUUCCUUUGAUUGGAGCUGCAGUGGAAUUUGCAGGUCUGCUGAUAGGAUUAAAGAGGUUCAUCGGCAGUGUGGGGAAGGUGAGAAUGCUUUGUGGAGUGCUACUUUCUAAUAGGCAGCUUCAUGUUCUUCCUCACUCAGGAGGAUAAGCAAGGUUGACGAGCAGACGUGCAAAUCUUUUGCCAUAGUUUAAUGAGUAUAGAUAUGUCAUAUCACAGGGGGAGAGAGAGAGAGAGAGAGAGAGAGAGAGUA